GGUGCUCUUCAACGGUAGUUUAUUUGGCUUGGCAGGCAGCAUCCCUUUCGACGCUCAGCUUGAUUUCAUCGUUUGUGUAGCUAAAACUUCUGAAACUUGCUCUAAAAUAAUAUACAUUAAAGGUUAAUAAUGGCUACUGACUCCUGGGCCCUUGCUGUCGAUAAACAGGAAGCUACGACUGACUCAGUAAGUUUAAAUGUAUAGGCUAGCAAGUUUAGCUAGCUUGGUACCAUUAGCUAGAUAGCUAUAUUUUCAGCUAUGCAUUACGAAAAGCAUCAAACUUUAUGCUGCUAGCUAGCAAGCUUGCUAGAGCAGCCAACUGCAACUGAGGCAAUUUGUGGCUGAGCAGACAAACCACUGAAGUUAUUACUUUAGCAUACCAUGUGCUGGUGGUGCACUUACUGACACACCUUUUGAAAGCACUGCCAUUGACUAGCUGUAUUUGUCAUGGCUUUGUUGUUGGUAGAAUUGGACACUUGUUUGCCAAUAUUUUAUGAGGGAAAACUUUCAUUCUGAGACUAGAUAUUUGCGUACUAAUAAAAUAUUUUUGUUUCUCUUACAGUUCGGCUCCUUGGUGAUAAGAUCUCCACCUCGAGGUGGAGGUGAUGCUGCACCUAGUAAGGCAAAAAAGGGUAAAAUCACUUAUUUGCACUUUAUAUUCUUCCAUGUAUUGUCCAUUACAUUUUUGUGAUAAAUGGUGUGAUGAGUUUUUGUUUUUCUGCCAGGUACCACAAAGCAAGUGGAGAAUGGCACCAAUGUGGAAGGGGAAGAAAAGGGUGUGAAUUUUCAGGGUUUAUUCUGAUCUCCCUAUCAUGUCUCCAUUCAAUUAGUGUACUCGGACAGGUCAUUCACCUAUCACUCUUGUCUUGUAGAGGACAAAGCGGCCCAGUCGUUGUUGAAUAAGAUGAUCCAUACCAGCCUUGUGAACACUACCAAUCAAGUAGAGGUUCUUCAGAGGGAUCCCAACUCUCCUCUUUACUCGGUCAAGACAUUUGAAGAGCUGAGACUGUAAGUGAUAUCAGAUUUCAAAUUCACCAUUGCUUACUAGUUUAAUGUGUAUACCUCACUUGAAACCUAGAUUAUACGGUGUAUUUCAACCUGAGUUAGGAUCCACAACAUCACUUUUUUUGUGGUAUCAUGUGUGGCGUUGUAUGUUCAACCUGUUAGGUCAGCCUUUUAUUAUAUGUUGUCUUUUUCAUGGCCUCAAUGCUUUUUUAUUGUACUUCCGUCUCAGGAAAGACAAGCUGCUAAAGGGAGUGUAUGACAUGGGCUUCAACAGACCCUCUAAAAUCCAAGAGAAUGCCCUGCCCAUGAUGCUGGCAGAGCCGUGAGUACCCAUUUAUCAAUAACAGAGGAAAUAGCCUAGAUAUUAUGGACAUUUGAAGGUGUUGUUGUGAUGUGUGUUCUGAGAUUACACAUUUAAUUUAAACUUUCAGUCAGAUCUAGUCAAACUAGUUAUUAACCAUUGUUUAUGUACGCAGCAAUAUAGUUGUUUGAUUGAAUUUUUGAUGUGAAAUGAAUGGAAUCUACCUUUUUAGUCCCCCAUUAAUCUCUCUUUAGCGUGUAUUAUCCCUCUGGUUCCAGACCUCAGAACCUGAUUGCUCAAUCACAGUCCGGCACAGGUAAAACGGCUGCCUUCACGCUGGCUAUGCUCAGCCAUGUUGACCCAGCUAACAAAUGGACACAGGUGAGUGGCAUCUCCAUCUUCAGCAAUGCUAUGGAUCCAUUAGCAUUACUCAGGCUAUGAUCUUGAGCUUAGCUUUAAGAGGUUAGACCUCAGAGGUCAGGUAAUCAGCAAGUUCGGAAAGAGUUUGCUCUUUAGGUGGAUUUAUAUUGGUUUGUUUUAUUAAGAGCAUCUGCAGAUCAGGGUUGCAGGAAAGUGUCUUAGUUUAGAGAACAUCUAUCACAGUGUGUUGCUUUUUUUGUUUGUUGAUUUUGUAGAUAGAAGCCUCUUAUUACUGAAACACCUUAUUUUGCAUCCUCAGUGUCUUUGCAUUGCCCCAACGUACGAGUUAGCUUUGCAGACUGGUAAAGUCAUUGAGCAGAUGGGAAAAUUCUAUCCUGAGGUCAAAUUGGCAUAUGCCAUUCGUGGCAAUAAAUGUAAGUCUCAAAACAUUCAUGUUUUUUUAUUCUGAAUACAACCUGUAAUGUUUGGGUGCCUCAUUUCACUGGGGAAAUGGUAGGCCUAUGCUGUCACUGCUCUCACCCAAAUUUCAUGUCGAAAGCAUAACUGUCAAUGGAGCGAAUGCCACACGUGUAUUAUAGAGUUGAUGUUCUGUAAAUAAAAGAUGCUGAUGAGAAGCAUCAUUGUAACAAUAUCAUGAACUGUCCUGUUUGUCUCCGGGUGCUGAGCAGUGGACCGAGGGGCGAAGCUUCAGGAGCAGAUCGUCAUCGGGACACCUGGCACGGUCUUGGACUGGUGCUCUAAACUGAAGAUCAUCGACCCCAAGAAGAUCAGCGUCUUUGUCCUGGAUGAGGCUGAUGUCAUGAUCGCCACACAGGGUCACCAGGACCAGAGCAUCCGGAUCCAAAGGUGAGUUUUCCAUAUAGAAAGUUGUAAAUGUACAGUACUCUCAUCUAGCAGAACUGAAGUGAUAUGAAUGUGAUACGAGACAAGCUCGUCUUGCAGGCCAGUAAUCACGAGUGCUGCCAUUAACUUUGUUUACAGACACCUGUAAAAGGGCUCCUAAUGACCGUUGAUGGUUUUCAGAUGCUAUUAGACUCAAUAACAGCGUAACAGUCUAUUAGUUAUCUAAGGACAUUUCCCUCCCCCAUUCAGAAUGUUGCCCAAGGAAUGUCAGAUGCUGCUGUUCUCGGCCACGUUUGAGGACUCUGUGUGGAAGUUUGCUGAGAGGGUUGUGCCAGACCCCAACAUCAUCAAGCUGAAACGUGAAGAGGAGACUCUGGACACCAUCAAGCAGUAUUAUGUGCUUUGCAGCGACAAGGAGGAAAAGUUCACAGCACUCUGUAAUAUCUACGGCGCCAUCACCAUCGCCCAAGCUAUGAUCUUCUGUCACGUGAGUGUCCUCAACUUAUCCUAGGAACGAAGGAAUUCUCUGAGGGAGUUGGGUUGAUAUGAUAAAUAAACGAAUAAAGUAAAGAAAUAAAAAUAGGCUUUUUUGGCUCUGUAGACCCGAAGGACAGCUGGCUGGCUGGCUGCAGAGCUGACCAAGGAGGGCCAUGUGGUGGCACUGCUGAGUGGGGAGAUGACUGUGGAACAGAGAGCGGCAGUCAUCGAACGCUUCAGGGAGGGCAAGGAGAAAGUCCUGGUGACAACAAACGUAUGCUCCAGAGGUAUAAAGACUGUCAAUGAAAGCUAAAUUGUUACCAUUUAUCCUAAGUAGGAGAGUGGGGAAGAGUGUUUUUUUAUUUUAUUUUUUUACAUUGAAUAGGCCUAAGGACAUGUUAUUCUCUUUCUAUUGAUAGGCAUUGAUGUUGAGCAAGUUUCUGUGGUGAUAAAUUUUGACCUGCCCAUGGACAAAGACGGAAACGCUGACAACGAGACAUACCUUCACCGGAUUGGUCGCACAGGACGUUUCGGCAAGAGGGGGCUUGCAGUCAAUAUGAUUGACAGCAAACACAGCAUGAACAUUCUCAACCAAAUCGAGGAACAUUUCAGUAUGUCACUGUUUCUAGAAGUCUUCACAAGAUUGUACAUUUUGAUCUAUAAGACAACGUUCUAAUAAUUAACUUUUCAUCUAUUUUUUUCCAUAGAUAAGAAGAUCAACAAACUUGACACUGAUGAUCUCGAUGAAAUCGAGAAAAUCAGCAACUAAAGAUGCUGCUAACCUUGAUCACUAAUCAUUUAAUACAUCUAUUUAUGCAGUUUGGACUGUUAACUCACAUUUGUGCUUUUGGACUUGUCACUUAAAGAUUUAUUUGAAUGUUUACAUGAAAUGACAGAUGUUAGCCAUGGCUCAAAUACAAAGCAUCUUAGCAUUUUCAGGACAAUAGUUCAUGCCAAAUAGAGGUCAUGACUAGAAGGGAUGCAGCUUUUUUCAAAUUAACGUCAAAAGUUGACAUUUUUUGAAUUUUAGCUAACCCUAGCCCUUUUCCUGACCUUAACCUAAU